AAGUUUACACAGCUUGUUAUUAUGAAGCUGGGACUGGAGUGAGGUUUCCUCGGUGACCAUAGCCAUGCCUUGAGCCAUGGAGCAGUGGUUCCAUAUGGAUUUUAAAUCUAUAGGGACCAACUGGAGAGCAGUGAAGAAGCUGAUUUCCAUAGCAGUGGACACAUUGCUGUCAAUGGAUGGAAGAUACAUAACACAGCGAAAAAUAAAUGGUUUGUGUGUAUGGCAAAAACACCCAAGGACAAACAUGAAUGGUUUGAAGCUAUUUUGAAAGAAAGAGAACAGCAAAAAGGCUUAAAAUUAGGAAUGGAGCAAGACACCUGGGUAAUGAUCUCCGAACAGGGCGAGAAACUCUAUAAGAUGAUGUGCAAACAAGGGAAUCUGACCAAAGACAGAAAAAGAAAACUGACCACAUUCCCUAAAUGCUUCCUUGGAAGUGAAUUUGUGUCAUGGCUCUUGGAAAUUGGGGAGAUUCACAGGCCUGAGGAAUGUGUACACUUAGGACAAGCAUUAUUAGAAAAUGGAAUCAUCCACCAUGGUAUACAAUAUAGAGAUUCACCUCCCCUGCCCCAACGACUGUCAGCUCCUGUUGCCAGGCACUGAUUUGCGUUGGAGACUCAGGUGCACCUCCCCCACCCCUACUACCUUCAGCUCCUGUUGCCAGGCACUGGCUUGCAUUGGAGACGGAACCCUCGUAGGGGUUCCACGCAGUUUCUAGUAGCCCAGAGGACACUGGUGGUCGGAGACAAAGCCACAAGGCUCUCUGGAGCCAGCUGGUGGCCAUUACAAUGUCUCCCCACACAGUUCUGGAGCCGCUGUGGGCUGUCCUGGAGCAGCUGUGGGCUGCUGGGUUGGUGAUAUACGAACGUUCGCCGCAUGAGCCACGAGUCUCUGGGUUUGGCUGGGAGAUCCUGGUGUGCACUGCAGUGGUGUUGUUCAUUACGGUAAAGUGUGGACUCAGCUUAAGAAGAAGGAAGGGGCAUUGUGCCCAGAAUGAAGUAUCUGGAAAAGACAUGGAGAAGACCGACCCGGACGCACAAGCCUGUGGAGCCGUCGCAUCAUCUGAGCAGAAGGCCAGUCCUCUCCCGUUACAGAUUCUUGCUCUGGCUGCCCUGAAUCAAGAUGUCGGGUUCUUUUCAGUGGAAAACGCUACGCAACUUGUGAAGGGACUUCGGGAAAGGCUGUUGAAGAGCCCUCACCAGCUGACUGAUGAAAAUCCCGUCUCUGGAGCAGCCCAGGACGAUGGAGAACCCCCGGCGAGGAAAAUGCCAGAAGGCUCCAAGGACAGCCCUGAUCUGCAGGGAAGUGCAGACCCGCUGGUUCAGGACAUUGGCAGCUGUGGACAGAGAGUGCAGGAAGAGGCAGGGGAGGCAGGCAGGCCAGAGCUUCCUGAUGGAGGUGUGCCGUGGCAGGCCCCCAGUGAGGGCCAGAGCCAACACCACACCCUCAGCCAGAUCCUACUGAAGGUGAUGCAUCUGCUAGAGCUGCUUAGAGAUCAUCUGGAAGGUGGGGGCUCAAGGAGGCAGGUGGAGACUGGCUCCUACUCCACCGAUCAUGUGCCCUCAGGCGGGAGCCCCCUGAAAAAAGGAAAGCCGUCCAGGGCACUGAAGAAGGCACGUCAGGGGAAUGAAGAGCUCCCAAGGAACACAACAAUCCACCAAGCUGAGCAAGUAUCUUUUCACCUGCGAAACACCCUCCUGGAAAGUGAGAUUCAGAAGCUGCGCCUGAAGCUCGAGGCAGAGCCUGAGCUGUGCGAAGAGCACAUCAAACACCUGGAGAGGAAGAUGACGGAGGAGAAGGCACGCUGCCUGCAAGUGAAGAACGAACUUGCCAAGGUGCGCAGGAAGGUGGCUGCUGCCCACUGGAACUUAGGCCUCUACAAGAAGAUGGCUGACGACCUGCACCGAGAAUGGCAGAAAAUCUCCUCCUUGCAUGACCGGGAGCGCCUCCUGGUGGAGAACAGAAGUGAGGAGAGCCAGAAGGCUGUUCUGUGGGCAGAGAGGGCGUUCCAAAGGCUCAAGGAAGAAAACCACUGUCUCAGGCAGAAGCUGGCCAACUCUGGGCCCAAGGUCCAGCCUGUCCCCGGGGGGCCUCCUGCUCCUGCUCCUGCUCUUCCUCCUGCUCCUGCUCCUGCUCUUCCGGGCACAGCCUCCAAAUACCCUCAAGGGCCAAAGGCUCCCCUGAAACCCCAGAAGCCCAAGAAGGGAGUAAGGGUGCACUGGCCAGACUGCAAGUUCUCGGGUCCCCUGCAGGUCUGAUUCCCUUUCCCAGCAGCCACCAGCGCUCACAACCAGAGCACAAAAGCUCCUGUGCUUACCCCUUAAGCCAUACCCAUUGCUCCUUUUCCUGGAGAUCCACCCCAUUAUUGAACUGAAGCUACAUAUUCCCUAGAGCCCUAGGAGUGUGAGAGAAUAUUUUUCAAUGUUAAGCAUAAAAAAUAAAAAUAAAUUUAAAAAAAUAUCAAAUUGCUGAUACGACUGCUACUGAGAAUUGAUUUUAUUAAGGGAUUCUAUGCCAAGCAAUGAAGGGUUAUAAGUGUCUUUUACUGAUCACUUAAUUGUCCCAAAAACCCAGUGUGUCAUAUACUACUGAGGUUCAGAGAGGGGAAACAACUUGCCCCAAGAUCACACAGCUAGUGAAUUUCAGAACUCCCAUUCCAAACCAAGGUUGUCUAAUUAUCAACUGCUGUGCAAAUAACUUUUACUACUACUACUACUACUACUACUACUACUACUACUACUACUACU